AGAAUCCUCCUGCUACUCGCCCAAGAGCCAGAGACUCCAGACCACUGCAGAGAGGGCUCGCCUGCUUGUGUGGUCACUGCUGUUAGCUUGCCUCAAAGCUCAAAGGAACCCCGUUUUGAGCAGUAAUUUCCACAGUGGUCCCAGGGAGAGCUGAAGGGCUGCACUCUGAGCUCAUCCCUGCAAUGGCUGAGGUUAAAACAGACACGCCAAAGAGCCUCCAGGGCUACGUUCGCUUCACCACAGGAUGUGGUUAGAACCUUGAGGAACUGCAGGUUCCAGGGAGAACACUUCAGACAGCCGGAUUGGAUCCAGAGAGCAGAUGCUCAAGAGCACUUCAGUUUAACCCAAGGUCUCUCUCUCUCUCUCCGGGGGAGAGACGAAAGGACGGAGGCGCUCGCCUCUACAAGGGACCGCAGGCAGCGUCUGGAUGAGGGUGCUGGAGUGACGGGUGACUCCGGGAGGCCUUCCUGGAGGAGGUUGAGCCCCCGACGUGGCUACCCUGGCGUACCAAGCCAUUUCCAAAGUGAGGCAUAAGACUUGGAGCCACCCCUGCUGGGGUCCCAGUUGGGAAGAUGAGGUUCUUUCGAAGGCGCCACAUGCCCCUGCGCCUAGCCAUGCUGGGCAGCGUCUUCAUGCUCUUCCUCUUCAUCCGGCAGAAGGAUGUAAGCAGCCGGGAGCAGGCCAUGGAGAAACCAUGGCUGAAGUCCCUGGCAGGACAGAAGGACCACGUCCUGGACCUCAUGCUCGGUGCUGUGAACAACAUUAGGGACGUCAUGCCCAAGCUGCAGAUCAGGGCUCCGGAACCCCAACAGAAUCCGGUCUCCACAAACCACUCUUGCCUUCCGGGGUUCUAUACCCCCGCUGAGCUGAGACCCUUCUGGGAACGACCACCUCAGGAUCCCAACAGCCCUGGGGCAGAUGGAAAGGCAUUUCAGAAGAAAGAAUGGACCCAUCUAGAGACUCAGGAAAAGGAAGAAGGCUAUAAGAAACACUGCUUUAAUGCCUUUGCCAGUGACCGCAUCUCCUUGCAGAGGUCCCUGGGGCCAGACACGCGGCCUCCUGAGUGUGUUGACCAGAAGUUCCGGCGCUGCCCGCCACUGCCCACCACCAGUGUGGUCAUUGUGUUCCACAACGAAGCCUGGUCCACUCUGCUGCGCACAGUAUACAGCGUCCUGCACACCAGCCCUGCCAUCUUGCUGAAGGAAAUCAUCCUAGUAGAUGAUGCCAGCACAGACGAGCACCUGAAGGAGAAGCUGGAACGGUACGUUCAACAGCUGCAGAUCGUGCGCGUGGUUCGACAGCAGGAGCGGAAGGGGCUCAUCACGGCCCGGCUGCUGGGUGCCAGUGUGGCGCAGGCUGAGGUGCUCACGUUCCUGGACGCGCACUGUGAGUGUUUCCACGGCUGGCUGGAGCCCCUCCUGGCUCGAAUCGCUGAAGACAAGACAGCGGUGGUGAGCCCGGACAUCGUCACCAUCGACCUUAACACCUUCCAGUUCUCCAAACCCGUGCGGAGAGGCAAAGCCCACAGCCGGGGCAACUUCGACUGGAGCCUGACCUUUGGCUGGGAGAUGCUCCCUGAACACGAGAAGCAGAGACGCAAGGAUGAGACCUACCCCAUCAAGUCCCCAACGUUUGCUGGCGGCCUCUUCUCCAUCUCCAAGGCCUACUUUGAGCACAUCGGUACCUAUGAUAACCAGAUGGAGAUCUGGGGAGGGGAGAAUGUGGAAAUGUCCUUCCGGGUGUGGCAGUGCGGGGGCCAGCUGGAGAUCAUCCCCUGCUCUGUGGUCGGCCACGUGUUCCGCACCAAGAGUCCCCACACCUUCCCCAAGGGAACCAGCGUUAUUGCCCGCAAUCAGGUGCGCCUGGCUGAGGUCUGGAUGGACGACUACAAGAAGAUUUUCUACAGGAGAAAUUUACAGGCAGCAAAGAUGGCCAAGGAGAACAACUUUGGUGACGUUUCGGAGAGACUGCGACUGAGGGAACAGCUACACUGUCACAACUUUUCCUGGUACCUGCACAAUGUCUACCCAGAGAUGUUUGUCCCCGACCUGAACCCCACCUUCUCUGGAGCCAUCAAGAAUCUCGGCACCAGUCAGUGUUUGGAUGUGGGUGAGAACAACCGUGGGGGAAAGCCUCUCAUCAUGUACGUGUGCCACAACCUCGGCGGCAACCAGUACUUUGAGUACACCUCCCAGAGGGACCUCCGCCACAACAUCGGGAAGCAGCUGUGUCUACAUGCCAGUGGGAGCACGCUGGGCCUUAGGAACUGUCAGUUCAUUGGCAAAAAUAGCGAAGUGCCCAAGGACGAGGAAUGGGAACUGACCCAGGAUCAACUCAUCAGAAACUCAGGAUCCGGUACCUGCCUGACAUCCAAGGACAAAAAGCCAGCUAUGGCCCCCUGCAAUCCCAGUGACCCCUACCAGCUCUGGCUGUUUGUCUAGGCCCGGGGUCAUCCCCAGUGCAGGCCCAGCAAGCUCCCCCAAGCAGAGGGGUCACCAGGCAUCUGGGAGUCCUCUCCCCCAGAUCCUCUGGAGGCCCGAGAGUUGGAUUCUUAAGCCCAGGGGCCACCAAGGCAGGACCUUCUUGCAACAACACCGGUUCCAUUUUCUUCCCUCCAUGCCAGUGGAGAGACCAGGAGGUCACUUGCUACUUGGCCCAAAGCUUUCCUGCUCUUCUAGAGACAGGAGCCUCCAAAGCAGCCUGGAAGUGUGUCCUACAGAGGGACUGGAGGUGCAGAGACCCUCUAUUGUCAACAGACCCUGGCAGCAGACCGUCUUGAUGUACACAGGCCUUCAUCCCAUGUCAUCUGCAUAGUUACCUGUGGAGGAGACAGGAAGGAGCCAUCCAUUGAGAAGGUUGAGACCGGGCUGGAGUAUAGUUCAGGGAAAGGCCCUGGGUUUGACCCCUUAGCACCACAGAAAACAGAAGAAGAGGCCAGGAGAGGAAGGAAAGCAGAGAGAGGCUGAGGGAAGGCAGAGGGCUUUUCUGCAAUUACACAGAAAUUGGUAGGUGGCUCAAGCUGGGUCUAAAUCCCCAUCUUUGGGGCUGUAGCAGGCCUCCUUCCAGCACGCAAGAACACUAGACCGUGAGCUGCCAGCCGUGCCAUUUCUUGACCCCUCACUGACCGACCAUUCUGGCCGGCUGUCCUCCAGAAAGCCAGGUAGCAAGAUGGGAGAGCGCACUGAGAAUCCCGGACUGCUGGGGCAGAAAGAAGUUCACGGGCUCAGACAGCUGGUGAGUCUCAAGCUAAGACCAAGGCCCCUUUGCUCUGUGUACAAGGCGAGUAAACGACAAAGCAGGAUCUAGGCAUGAAGGCACACGCACGCUUUUAGUCUCGGCACUUGGAGACUAAGGCAGCAGUCUUUAGUCCAGCGUGGGCUUCAGGAAUAGACAGUCUGUCAAAAGCAAUAAAAGACAUAUUGUGGAGAGCAUGAAGGGUGCUGCCUCGCAGCCCCUGAACUAAAGUAGCCCCCCUGUGUCACAUCUAUUCCUCAGCAGAAACUAGAUAGGUAGGUGUGUUGUCCAAGGUCACUGUUUGGCAGCUCCAAGCUCAGACCCAAGAUAAGGCUAAUCGGAGCCCUUAGCAAGUCUGAGGGGUCAGGAACGGCGUGCAGUUGCCUGGAGGGCUCAUCCCAUCUGCUCACCUGAGUGCCCUACAUGGAGCCGACCCGAAAAUGCCAACCUUUCUACAAUCAACUUGGACCCCACGGUCGCCGUGCCUGGAAGAAAAUAGAAAUGUCCAGGAAGGCUUUGGGGGACUUCAGCAUGGGACCAUGGCUGCCUCCUGCUCCAUGUAAGGGCACAUGGCAGGAAGCCUCCCUCGUCCCCUGGGAGACAAUCGGGUAGCCCAGCCAAAGGGAAAGAGUCUGACCAAGCUGUGAUCCAGGGUGGGAAGGGGGAAGAGAGGCUGAUUGGGAACCUGGUGGAAAUAAAGGUUUUGUGGUAUUGGUAAA